UUCUAACCACGCCCCCAACCCCUGGGGUGGCGAGCUAAGUCACCUCUAGCUCGGUGGUGGUGGGAGCGGAUCGCAUCCAGAGGUUACCCCGGGGUAACUGAAAGUCCUUCUAGGUUUUGCUUCCGGAGUUUGGUUCCUUUUUGCAAAACUUUUUCGCCUGAUGUGAGCAAGCAUUUGCGUCCCUCCGGGGCUGAAAGCAGAGCAGGUCUCUUGGCUUCGUGCCUAAGCGAUUCGGGGCCUCUUCAAAGGGACCCAUCCGUCCCGACUUGAAACAAAACCACCAUAGGGGGACAUUUCCCAGGCGCAAUUGUGCCAUGUCGUCAGAAGGAAAAGUUAGGAGCGAAGUGGCCCCUGAAAGCCAAGAGCCAGAUCAGCAGAACGUCGUCAGUCGGGUCACCAGCCUGCCCCUGGUCAGCUCGACCUACGACAUGGUCUCCUCCGCUUACACCUCCACGAAAGAGACUCACCCCUACCUCAAGUCCGUCUGUGAUGUGGCAGAGAAAGGCGUGAAGACCAUCGCAGCUGUGGCCGUGAGCGGCGCUCAGCCUCUCCUCACCAAGCUGGAGCCUCAGAUUGCAACAGCCAAUGAGUACGCCUGCAAAGGCCUCGAUAAGCUGGAAGAGAAACUGCCUAUUCUGCAACAACCGUCUGAGAAGGUGGCAGCAGACACUAAGGAACUGGUCUCCAGCACCGUCAACGGGGCGAAGGAUGCUGUCGCCAGUGGCGUGAGCGGUGUGGUGGGCAUGGCCAAGGGGGCCGUGCAGGGCAGCGUGGAGAUGACCCGAUCGGUGGUGGCUGGGGGCGUGAACACCGUCAUGGGGUCCAGAGUGGGCCAGAUGGUUGCGACAGGCGUGGAUGCGGUGCUGGGCAAGUCUGAACAGCUGGUGGAUCACUACCUCCCGAUGACAGAUCAAGAGCUUGCCGAACUGGCCACCUCCGUGGAGGGCUUUGAGAUCGCCACCGUGGAACAGCAGAAAGCCGAGCGGAGCUACUUUGUCCGCCUGGGGUCUCUCUCGGCCAAGCUCCGCCACCGUGCCUACCAACACUCCCUGGACAAGCUGAGGAACACCAAGCAGAGCACCCAGGAUGCCCUCACUCAACUUCACCAAACCAUCGAGCUGAUGGAGCAUGUCAAACAGGGCGUAGACCAAAAGCUGCAGGGUGGUCAGGAAAAGCUACAUCAGAUGUGGUUGGAAUGGAGCCAGAAACAGCAGCCUGAGAGCGAUGAGCCGCAGGACUCGUUGGUACAGCCUGAGGUUGAACCCCAGACUCUCACCAUGCUUCGGGGUCUCACCCGGCAGCUGCAGAACUCCUGCGUGACCCUCAUGGCCAGCGUCCAAGGUCUUCCGGCCGGCAUCCAGGACAAAGUCCGGCACGUCCGCCACACUGUGGAGGCCCUCCACAUCUCCUUCUCUGGGGCUGACUCGUUCCAAGACGUGCCCCCAGCCCUCCUGGCCCAGAGCUGUGAGCGGAUCGCUAAGGCCCGCGGGUCCGUGGAUGAAAUGCUGGAUUACGUGGUGCAGAAUGUCCCCCUCCCGUGGGUGGUGGGGCCCUUUGCCCCCAGCUUGGUGGAACAUCCGGACACGCCAAGGGAUGGCGGUGAAAAGGCAGCGGGAGAUGGCCUUCAGCCCCAGGAAGAAGUACUCAGUGAAAAGCCCAAGAGCCCACCAAAGGAACCCUCUGAGCCGAAGAAGGACAUUUACAACCCUGCAAGAGAAGUCACUCCGGAGUAUAAAAAGGAGUUGGGCAGGGGUGUGGACAGCUAUACGCUAGUCGGAGCCGGACUCUGGGCGUCGGAGUUGCACCUUGACUCGAGAAUGGCUUCCACAGAGGGUGACGUUGCCGGGUCCGCAGGAGCGGAAGAACAAGAUCAGAAAAAUGUCGCUGGCAGGGUAGCUAGCCUGCCGCUGGUCAGCUCUGCCUACAGCAUGGUCUCAGCAGCGUAUGCUUCUACUAAGGAGAGUUACCCGUAUGUGAAAUCCGUCUGCGACGUGGCGGAGAAGGGCGUGAAGACCAUUGCUUCUGCUGCCGUCAGUGGUGCUCAGCCCAUCCUGAGCAAGUUGGAACCACAGAUUUCGACAGCCAAUGAAUAUGCAUGCAAGGGGCUGGAUAAGCUGGAGGAAAACUUGCCGAUUCUUCGACAGCCAACCGAUAAGAUCAUAUCGGGCACAAAAGAGAUGGUAACAUCCACCGUAACGGGAGCCAAGGAUGCCAUCAGCAGCACGGUCACGGGGGCGAAGGAUGUGGUCACCAGCACCAUGACUGGGAUGGUCGAUAAAACCAAGGAGGCGGUUCAAGGGGGCGUCGAGAUGACCAGGUCGGCGGUCACCAGUGGCGUCAACACUGUGAUGGGGUCUUCCGUGGGACAGAUGGUGGCGAGCAGCGUAGAUGCAAUGCUGGGGAAGUCUGAAGAACUGGUUGACCACUACCUUCCGAUGACAGAUGAGGAAUUGGCCAAACUGGCCACCUCCGUGGAGGGCUUUGAGAUCGCCACCGUGGAACAGCAGAAAGCCCAGCACAGCUACUUUGUCCGCCUGGGGUCUCUCUCGGCCAAGCUCCGCCACCGUGCCUACCAACACUCCCUGGACAAGCUGAGGAACGCCAAGCAGAGCACCCAGGACGCCCUCGUUCAGCUUCACCAAACCAUCGAGCUGAUUGAGCAUGUGAAGCAAGGGGUCGACCAGAAGAUGAAGACUGGGCAGGAGAAACUGCAUCAGAUGUGGCAACAAUGGAGUCAAAAGCAGCCCCUUGAAAUGAGCCAGAAGGAUGCCCCUGAGCCAGAGAUCGAGUCUCAGGCGUUAGAGGUGUCCCGUGGCCUAGCCCAGCAGCUGCAGUCAGCCACCACUGCCCUGGUCUCCAACCUGCAAGGCCUUCCGUCGGGGCUCCAAGAGAAAGUGGGCCUUCUCCGUCAGAAUGUCGAGGAGCUCCGGACGUCCUUUGUCUCUGCCAAGUCCUUCCAGGACUUGUCAGCUUCCAUCUUGGCCCAGAGCAGGGAGAAGGUCACCAAGCUCCGCGAGCUGACAGACGAGCUGAUGGACCACGUGGUCCACAACGCCCCCCUCUCGUGGCUUGUGGGGCCCUUUGUGGCCUCUGGCAAACCAGAGGCGGAGGAAAUUGAGAUGCACUAAGGGGUGGGAGGUGAGAUCUAGGAUAUUGUGCCAACAACAGGCUUCCCUUAAUAAUAAUAAUAAUAAAAAGCUUCCAGCAUCCAAGCCAGCCUUGAAGAAAGGGAAGCCAAACAAGUUUAAUGUUGCUCAGUAACUCUAACAUGCACCCAGGCUUAAAGCAGCACGUUUGAGGGGGAGAGCUGCUCUUUUUGAGAGUUUCCUUUUCUCCAACUAGGGUGAAAGCCAUCUGGGGGCAAUUCUAUAUAUACAACACUCUUGAUGUGCUAAGGCUGCUGUCUCAAGGAGGGAUAACUUUUUUUUUCUUGCGGGGGGGAUCACUAUGCAAUUAAGAGCAAAACCUUUUCUUCCUCCUCCCCCCCCUUGCAUCACCCACCCAUUUGGACAGUAGGUUUUGCUUCCUAAAUACCUUCAUCCCCGUUCCAAAAGUCUGGCAGUUUUGCGCCACUGUGCCCUCUGUUUUCAAUUGCCUUGAGCGGGUUUGAUGGGGGAACGUCUCUGCAAGCCCGGCUGCCAGAGGGAAUUUGGGAACAAGUACCUUGGCACUGUUGGACUGGAAGUAAAUGUGCAAGACCUAGACAGGAAAUGUAACACGAUUUCGCCCCCUGCAAGAAUUGGUCUUUUGUGUUACUGAUUUUCAUUUCUCUCUCUCUGUCAGCAAGUCAAAAACUGGCUAGAUGAAACGUAGGAAGGGCAUCCAGUGAAGCGCUACUCAGAGUAGACCCGUUGAAAUGGAUACUAUGCCCCUUGAUUUGAAUGGGUAUAGGAAGUGGGGAGUAGGAUUGCCAUUGCAUAUAUCACCCACAGUCGACUAGGUCCUUGCAAAUGCUUCUAGAGUUUGAGAAGCAAUUUUAAGUCUCAAACCACCAAAAUUUUGGGGUUGGGUAGAACGGGGAGAAGAUUCAAAUGGAGCUUCCUGUAAACCAGUGCUAUGCCCUUAGUCUGUAAGUUCCUCUUAUGAAACGGUCCCCUCCACAACAUCGCACGCCAUAUUGCCACUUUAUCUCUGCUCGGUGCCUUUAAAUUCACAAAUAAAACACAUUUUGCAUUGAAA